AUGAAAAAGAAGGCGAUUAUCACGGACACAGAACAAGACGUGGUGCUCAGUCCUGCGGUAUACUGGGAGAAGUGCCUACAACCGCGUCUGGAGGAACGACUGUCAAAGAAAGGAUACCCUCCUCGGAGUGUUCGAGUCGAAGAGACCGAGGUGAUCGUGUCUGUGACUGGGCGAACAGGGCGUCCGCUCACGCGGCAGUUUGACGAUUUGCGAGUUGAAUGGUCCGUUGUGGAGAGACAGCUAACAGAAUGGAGUGAGCUUUUUCAGAAAGGGAAGAAGCUCUUCGUGAAAAUUCGCAUUCGCUACAUAGAAGUUAACCCAUUAAUUUCGACUAAUAGCGGAGCGACUAGACCCACGAAAGUUAGGGGGACAGCUACCCAACACAUGCUGGCCGAGCGUGCCGCUCAAAUUGACGCUGAGGAAUCCACAACAAGCAAUCCCUCUGCUUGGCGAUAUGUCUACGCCUUAAUGCGUUGUCCGGGACCACCCUGUGUCAAGCAUUCCUGGUGUUGGCAUGACACUCAAACUCAAAAAAGGUACACCUUAAAAGGCCACCAUCUACGAACUCUCGUCAGGUACGUCGAGGAUAAAAAUCGUCUGGAAUCUCAUGACGACAUCCCGGACAGCCUUCGACAGCAAAUCUAUGCAGAAGAAGAACAAUAUAUGCGGAAGAAGCGUGUUGACCGUGGAUCUGUUUCUUUCGACAGGGCCCCGAUCCAGAUCACUAACGUUCUGCCACCUCAAUCUUCGACAGAGUCAGAAACCAUGCAGAGACCCGAAACCAAGCGUCUCGACAUCACUGGCCUCCACGAUGUCAAUGUACAAGACUACUGCGACUGGCUGAAGUCCCGGGUAAAGAAGGAAUCACACAAACACGAAUAUCAAAAAGCAGCUGACUUUCUUCUUGACAAAGCCUUCGACCUCGACUUGGUCUAUGAGGACCAGAAUCCUACUUUUCUCAUUGAGCAAGGAGGGGUGGAGGAAGGCAUCGCUCGGCGAUUUGUGAAGGACAUUCCUUUAUGGGUCAAACUUUGCAAGCAAAAUAAUGUUGAAGCGGAUAGCGUCUUGGAUUUCUAG